CGUGCGAAGAGAGAGCAUGCGCAGACACUCGCUGAGCAGAUGCAAGAGGCACGAGAGAAAGAGGCUGAAAUCCAGAGGGAGAUGGAGAGAGAAGAGGAGGAGAAGCGGCGUCGGGAUGAGGAAUUGGCCGCGGCUAUCGCGGUGGAGAAGGAGAGGCAGAGGGGCAUCAAGAGGGAGAUAUUCAGGCAUAGAGAGCUCCGUAGGCAGGAGGGAA